AUGAUUUCCUAUAUCACUAUAUCUUGUCUAUUUAUAACUAUUUAUGGAUUUGUACAGAAUACUAUAGAUGAAUCAUCAUUUUCAUCAGCUAAAUGCCCUUGUGCAUCAUCAUCACCAUCCAAAAAGUGUUUAUCUUAUGAUCCUCGCUAUAUGGCUACUUCACUUGAUGAAGCUCUCUUCUCAUUUCCUAACUUAGCCACACUGGGUGGUACUCCUCUCUUUGAUGAUGACGAUGACGAAGACGAAAUGGCUGCAGCAGCUGAUAUAAAGUCCAGCAAAGUUUCAAUGCUGAGUGUACAGACAUUUGGACAAUCUGAACCAACUAAAACAGCCAAAACAUGUAAAAGCCCUGAAUGCUUAGAAUGCAAAUUAGCCAUUGUAAAUGGAUUUUUACAAAACUCUUCUAAUUCUUCCAAUGAUGUUUUAUGGCAGACGCAACAACAAUUACAAGGACAAAUUAAUAGUCCAUCAGUCACUUGCGACAGAUUGAAAACGCGUCGAAAGAGAAGCUUCCGAUUCAGCUCUAAAUCUAAUGAAAAUCGUUUCAAUAAGUUAUUUGAUUCUUUAAAAAAUGUCACAAUGGAUCGUAAGAAACGUGAUGAUGAUGAUAUAUCAGAAACAGAUCUCAUGCUUGGAGUUACGAGUCAGAUCGGAUGUGACUAUAAGAAAGGCACUGCUCUAAGUGAAACAGAUAACUGGUGUGGUUUAUGUAAUUUAUGUUGGCAAUGGCGUCGUUUACCAGAAGAAUACUUUCCCAAUUACAUUAAUGAAGUCAGUUGUGAUACAGAGGAUAACUCCUGUUUGGCAGGUUUUGGUACAUGCCGACCGGUUAUUAGAGUUUUAAAUAUACUCAAGAGAGUUGGACCGAAAGAAAGUUCAAAAUGGGAGCCAAUAACGAUUGAGUCAGCUGCAGCUUGUGAAUGCCAAGUUGAAGUUGGAACUCCUUUACACGCUUUAGCACAAAAAUAA